UAGAAAAAAAAAAGGAAACCGGAGCAAAGAGAGCGCAAGGGAGAGAUAGGGAGACAACACUAACUGGGUAGCUAUGGAGAUAGUAGGUUUUACUGGUAGCUUUCUUUGACAGGUGUCGAGUGGGAUAAAAUAAAGUAUCAGAACAGCCUCCAAGAUGUACGGCAAGGGUAAAGGAGCUGUGGUCCCCUCCGAUAGCCAAGCAAGAGAAAAGUUAGCGUUAUAUGUGUACGAGUACCUGCUACAUGUGGGAGCACAGAAGUCCGCACAGACCUUCCUGUCUGAGAUUCGAUGGGAGAAGAAUAUUACAUUAGGGGAGCCCCCCGGAUUCCUCCAUUCAUGGUGGUGUGUAUUCUGGGAUUUGUAUUGUGCGGCUCCAGACCGAAGGGAGACAUGCGAGCACUCCAGUGAGGCCAAGGCCUUCCAUGACUACAGCGCAGCGGCAGCGCCCAGCCCCGUGAUGGGCAACAUGCCCCCCAACGACGCCAUGCCAGGUGGUCCCAUGCCCCCAGGCUUCUUCCAGGGACCACCCGGCUCUCAGCAGUCCCCCCACGCACAGCCCCCCCCACACAACCCCAGCAACCCCAUGAUGGGACCCCAUGGCCAGCCUUUCAUGUCACCGCGGUAUCCAGGUGGGCCGCGCCCUUCACUCCGAAUGCCAAAUCAGCCUCCUGGGGGAAUCCCUGGAUCUCAGCCUCUCCUGCCAAACAGUUUGGACCCGACAAGACCGCAAGGACAUCCUAACAUGGGUGGACCAAUGAGAAUGAACCCUCCUCGAGGAAUGGCCAUGGGCCCACAGAAUUAUGGAGGCAUGAGGCCUCCUCCAAACUCCAUGGGCGGUCCCAUGCCAGGAAUGAACAUGGGUCCUGGAGGAAGAGGGCCUUGGCCAGGACCUAAUGCUAACUCUAUAGCGUACUCCUCCUCAUCUCCAGGAAACUAUGUGGGUCCUCCAGGCGGAGGCGGUCCACCUGGAACUCCCAUCAUGCCCAGCCCAGGUGAUUCAACCAACUCCAGUGAAAACAUCUAUACAAUGAUGAAUCCUAUUGGACCGGGAGGCAACAGACCCAAUUUCCCUAUGGGACCUGGGCCUGACGGGCCAAUGGGAGCUAUGGGAGCCAUGGAGCCACACCACAUGAACGGAUCACUAGGGUCUGGGGACAUGGAUGGGUUGCCAAAGAGCUCUCCUAAUAACAUGGGGGGCAUGAACAACCCUCCUGGAACGCCGAGAGAUGACGGCGAAAUGAGCGGGAAUUUCUUGAACCCAUUCCAAAGCGAAAGUUAUUCACCCAACAUGACGAUGAGUGUGUGAUUUUAUUUUUUUCCUUUUUUUUGUAUUUUUGUUUAUUCUCCCCCUCCCCACCCCUAUUUUUGUACCCCUGCACCUGAUUUUUUUUCUUCAAUUCAAUCCUUACUUCACCUGGGAUUGGACAACCUCCCCUCCUCACACACACACGCCCUCUGCCCCCUCCCCCCCAAAUACGGGAUCCGCUAUGUUUCCCCCUUUCCCCCCCAUUUCACUUGGGAACUCUACGGCCACACAGCCUUCCGGGACAGCCCUUGAGCAUGCUGGGACUCUAAUUAAGACGGGCCCUCCUGGAGCAUGCAAGAUGGCCGGCGGUCUGAAUAGGAAGCAGUCACAGAGCCACAGGAAGAGCCUCCUCUCUGACUCCGGCCCCGGCCUCCCUGGCUUCCUGUCAGGGUCUAGACAAUGAGCGAGGGAAGGAGGACAAACAGAGAGAAAGAGGGAGAGAGGAGACUGGAUAACACAGCCCUCCCCUGAGGAGAUGUUGUUGGGUCUCUUAGCAGCUGCCUGGAAGCUUCUCAACCACGACUCUGGACUUUUAAAAAAUUUUUAUCGUCUUUUUUUUUUUUUUUUUUUUGCUGUUCCCAACGGAUUCAGUGGAGGGUCGGACA